CGCAGCCGGGAACCCCGGCGCGGGCGAUGCGGGCGCCGGCGGCGGCACCUGCGGCUCCUCUUGGCGGCGGCGGUGGCCUCGGCGGUAGCAGCGCGGGCCCCAGCAGCCUCGGCAGCCACAGCCGCUGCGGCCCGGACACCCUCCGCCGCGGACGCCGCUUCUGAUGCGCCUGCCCGCUCGCGGCUCCGCGGCUCCGGGAGGAUGUGGGUCCUCGGCGUCGCGGCAACUUUUUGCGGAUUGUUCUUGCUUCAAGGCUUUGCGUUGCAAAUCCAGUGCUACCAGUGUGAAGAAUUCCAGCUGAAUAACGACUGCUCCUCCCCCGAGUUCAUCGUGAAUUGCACGGUGAAUGUUCAAGACAUGUGUCAGAAAGAAGUGAUGGAGCAAAGCGCAGGAAUCAUGUACCGCAAGUCGUGUGCAUCGUCGGCAGCCUGCCUCAUCGCCUCGGCUGGGUACCAGUCCUUCUGCUCCCCAGGGAAACUGAACUCGGUGUGCAUCAGCUGCUGCAACACCCCUCUGUGCAACGGGCCCCGGCCCAAGAAAAGGAGCAGUUCUGCCUCGGCCCUUCGGCCGGGGCUCCCCAGCACCAUCCUGCUCCUCAAAUUAGCCCUUUUCUUGGCACACUGCUGA